GUCCAUGUUGGAGUGGGAGCCUGAGGCCUGCUCCCAUACAUCCCCGCUCUGGCUCUGUUGAUCCUAUUGUCUCCUGCGUCACCACACGUCGCCCAGCAAAUAAAGGCCGUCUGGCUCCAAGCUUAAAUAUUGCAGGAAACUAAAAACCAACCAUCAGAGCCGAUUCAUUCACAUCUGCUCAGUGGGGCGACAAGGACGGGGCUUUAGGUGGGAAAGAGGGCAGAAAAAAGUUCACUUUUCCCUGCUGGGUGCCAAGAGAACGGGACAGGACUCAACUUUGCCGGAGCCGCAGCUGUGGCAAGUUGCCCAUUUGAUUACAUUUUAAUCUAUAUCAUACCUUACAGAAGCAGGGACUCUUUUCUACCUAUUGAUCUCUCUUUAUUGUUUUUAUCGGGAAGUUUUUGUGUGGAACCGUUUAAAGAGCUAGAGCAAGGGCUACGGACCCAUCAUGGGUGACUGGAGCUUUCUGGGUAAUAUUUUAGAGGAAGUUAACGAGCACUCUACGGUGAUCGGCCGGGUGUGGCUCACGGUGCUCUUCAUCUUCCGUAUCCUCAUUCUGGGUACGGCGGCAGAGUUUGUGUGGGGCGAUGAGCAGUCUGACUAUGUCUGCAACACACAGCAGCCCGGAUGUGAAAAUGUGUGCUACGAUGAGGCCUUCCCCAUCUCCCACAUUCGCCUGUGGGUGCUGCAGAUUAUCUUUGUGUCCACUCCAUCUCUGGUGUAUGUGGGUCAUGCUGUGCACCAUGUCCACAUGGAGGAGAAACGCAAAGAGCGAGAAGAAGCAGAACUUAGCCGGCAGCAAGAGCUGAGUGAGGAGCGUCUCCCUCUGGCACCUGACCAGGGAAGUGUCCGCACCACUAAGGAGACCAGCACAAAGGGAAGCAAGAAGUUCCGGCUGGAGGGCACACUGCUGAGGACCUACAUCUGCCACAUCAUCUUCAAGACACUGUUUGAGGUAGGCUUCGUGGUGGGCCAGUAUUUCCUGUAUGGCUUCCGCAUCUUGCCGCUGUACAAAUGCAGCCGCUGGCCCUGCCCCAAUACAGUGGACUGCUUUGUGUCUCGUCCCACGGAGAAGACCGUCUUCAUCAUCUUUAUGUUGGCUGUUGCCUGUGUUUCACUCUUCCUCAACUUUGUGGAGAUCAGUCACCUGGGCCUGAAGAAGAUUCGCUUUGUCUUUCGCAAGCCGGCCCCCGCCCCAGCCCAAGGUGAGGGCUCGGCCCCCUUGCCGCCACAAGGGAAGAGCCUGCCCCCCAUGGCUGUACCCUCCCUGCAGAGAGCAAAAGGUUACAAGCUGCUGGAGGAGGAGAAAGUUCCCAUAACUCACCUCUACCCACUGGCUGAGGUGGGCAUGGAGGCUGGCAGAGGGGCCCCACCCUUCCAGGGGCUGCAGGAGAAGGUGGAGGAGGUGCUUCCCAUGGGGGACAUCUCUAAGGUGUAUGAUGAGACUCUGCCCUCCUAUGCCCAGACCACUGAGAUAGCGGGGGUAACAUUACACGAGGAGGAGUCAGUGGAGGUGCAGCCGCCGGAGGUGGAAGCAGAGAGAGCGGAGGAAGUUGUUGAUGAGGAUGUGGAGGUAGAGGAAGCAGUGAAAGGGGAGGGGGCAGGAAUGAAGGCCACGGAUACGAUAGAAGACACCAGACCGCUGAGCCGACUAAGCAAAGCCAGCAGCAGGGCCAGGUCAGACGAUCUCACCGUAUGAACCUGUGAGAGAGAGCACAUGUACACCUGCACACACAAAAAGUUCAACAUAAGAGAGAGCACACACACACACACACACACACACACACACAUACACACGCACACAACUCAAGACAACACAACUCUUGAAUAGGCUGGUCAAAAACCAAUGGAUGAAAAACUAAAUAUACAGGGAUAGAUUAAAACCUUUGAGACACAAGCAACAAUUCUACAUAGAGACAAAAAAUCUGCGUGUUUGUGAUAAAAAUGAAAUAUAAAAAGUAGAGGUUAAAGAGGGGAGGAGUAGGUUUUUUAUUAAGCGUGUUCUUAUAUUUAAAAAAUGUGGAAAGGACACAUGCAGGGGGGAAAUGUUUUUACUUGAUGAAAAUCCAUGUUCAAUUUUUAAAAACAUCUUUUUCUAUUGAAAGAGUUUUAAUCAUAUACAAUGAAAGAUUAGACAUGUGUACAUGGGGUUUGAGUAGACAGGGGAAAGAGAGUUAUAAUAUACUUGUGUGUCUGCAAAUCAGUAAUUUUGCUGUAGUUAGGCACUGACUUAAAUUUCCAUUCAGACAGCGACAUACUGCAAAUGUGCAGCAUGUGGCUGCACACGGCACGGGUGAGAGGGCUCACGCAUACACAAACCACACGAUUAAGUGCUGGUACAUUUACAGGUAUACAGCUCUUUGAGAAGAGUAAGAAAAGUCCAUUUUCAGGUUAUGAAGAGCAUACCUUUGUUUUUGCACAUUCAGAGGUUUAGACUCUGUGCAAGGCCUUUAACCCUCAUAACACCUCAUCUAUGCAUCCAUUUACACAGGAUUCUUUCAAGUGAAGAGAGAUGUGCAUCAAUUUCAGAGUAUUUCUCUCCUUUUCAUGUUUAUAUACCAGAUAGCACAGCCAGAGCUUAGUAAGUGAGGAAAAAACCCCAAAAAAGACCACAUGUUGAAUGUCUUUUUUCAAUGUGAUUCUGCAUAUCUUCAUUUUAGAUUUGCUCAUGUUUUGUAGCAUUUAAGUAGAACUGUGUACUGUGAUAUCAGUUGGCACCAUGGCAGAAAACAGGGCUCAUUUUGCCCUAUCAGAGAAUGAACUAUAGUAGCGACCUCAGGCCAAAUCCUCUCUUUUCGUGCAGUACAAACAGGCGUCCGGGCGAUAAAGAUCAUGCACCAUCAGCACAAAGUAUUGUUGGAGGCCAGACAAUAAAAAGAAACCACACAUCAAUGAAAACAAGCAUCCUUGACCUGGCUGUGAAAAAAUCUUUCUACUUGAUUUUAAUGUGACCAUAGUAGGUCCUUACCCCGUAGGAAAACAACAAUACUCAUGACAUGCUUUCAAAUUCAAACGGAAACAAACAACUAGGGGCAACUCCCGCUGUACAUAAUACCCUAUCUCAUGUCUGAAAAUGCACAUAAUGUGCAGAGCAGCUGUUUUCAGUUAUUUCACUGUCUAGAUGAAUCACAAAAGUUCUCAUUGUGAUUACAAUAUUGAUUUAAUCUCACAAACACAAUAUAGUAGAAGAAAAUUCCCUCACUGCGGUGUUGUGCAUCUGUCUGAGUAAAGAUGAUUUUUUUGGGAAUCAUUGGCAAGUAUACGUUAAGCCUUAAAGUUUGCCUUGGGUUUAUCACAAAUCUUCCUCUCGCAUUCUCUGGCUUUGUUAAUUCAAACAGCUGCCACUGUAUGAUUUUCUGUGCCUUACCUGUAUAUGUAAAUUCUCAAAUGUUGUAAGAUUGUAGCAAGUGCUUACAUUGCUCUGGGACCUAUGUGAAUUUGAUGUUUUAUUUGCUUCUUUUUUAUUUUUAUUAUCUGAGUUUUAUUUUCAAGUGUAAACAUGAUAAUGUUCAUGAUGUUCAAAUAUUAGGGCAUAAAGUGGCAUGUUUGAGGACAUGAACACACUCAAACUGUGCAGGCUU